AUGUCAAACUUAGAAGAAAACACUCCCGACAGGAGCCCUCGCCGAAACCGGAAGGAUCCUGACGAUGAGAGAGACCCAGCAACGGUCAAGAAGGCCCUACGCCGAGACGAGAAGAGCCCAUCUCGUCGGUCGACCUUGCCGACUCGAGGGGAAACGCUGUCGCCCUCCCCUCGUCGCGGCAUGCCGCGACGAGACCAUCUCGCCAUGACGAUAUCCUCAAGACGAUUCAGACGCUCCUGA